AAAAGCACUGGCAGUCAUAUUCAUCAUAUAGAUGGAAACAGUAUGUCUAGGAGACGUGGAAAAGUUUGUAAACAAAGAAAAUUAAAUAUAAGAACCUUAACUCUUGAAUACAAAAGGUCAAAAAGAAAAGUUAUAAACGAAUACAAUUACAUGGAUGUUACCUUAGAUUUUGGAGAAGAGCUUGGAUACAGGGGAAUACCUGUGGAUUCCAGCAUGUUCGUAAACAUUAUUGAAAAUUCCUUGAAACUUUUAUUCGGAGAGGUUGGUGCAUCAAUAGUGUUUGAUGUAGUGAAAUACAGAGAGAAAAAUCGGAGAGCAAUCCUCAGGUUUUAUGAACGAGAUUUGGUAAAGUUGUGGAGCUCUCUGACAAUGUGUUCAGAAGUUGGGGGAAAAGUGUGUGCUUUCAGAGUUAACAAGGUUUCACAAAGUAUGGCUGAUGAGAGUUUACGAUAUUUUCAGUGAGAUCUACAGCUGUUCCUGUGAUCCUGUUCCUUUUCUUGUAAAUCAAUUUCCCAGGUACUAAGUAUUCUGAAGUUAUUAUCACAUGUACAAAGUAAGCUGUUGAAUUUGAAAUACUAUCUUAUCUUGUAAAUUGUGCAUUACAUGUUAAGAUAUAUAGUUAUGAUCAUGUUUAGAAAACUGAAGUAAAUAAUUUUUGUCAUUUGUUAUAAUUAUUACAUCUGUCAUGUAAAGAGAAUAAAUUACAGAUUUGUUUCUGAUC